GCGACGCGCGCCGGGGCGACGUCAACGCAGCUCGCUGAGCUCCACCGACCUGUGUACCGCGGCGGUGCCGCGGCUGAGUCUCCGAGGGCCGGGCGGGCGGUUUGCCAGGGGUUUUAGCGACACCAUGGACAACUCCGGGAAGGAGGCGGAGGCGGUGGCGCUGCUGGCCGAGGCCGAGCGCAAGGUGAAGAACUCGCAGUCCUUUUUCUCGGGCCUCUUCGGGGGCUCAUCCAAAAUAGAGGAAGCAUGCGAGAUCUAUGCCCGUGCAGCCAACAUGUUCAAGAUGGCCAAGAACUGGAGUGCCGCUGGCAACGCUUUCUGCCAGGCAGCCCAGCUGCACCUGCAGCUGCAGAGCAAGCAUGACGCGGCCACCUGCUUCGUGGAUGCAGGCAACGCCUUCAAGAAAGCAGACCCCCAAGAGGCCAUUAAUUGCCUGAUGCGCGCCAUCGAGAUCUACACGGACAUGGGUCGGUUCACCAUCGCGGCCAAGCACCACAUCUCCAUCGCUGAGAUCUAUGAGACGGAGCUGGUGGACAUCGAGAAGGCCAUAGCCCACUAUGAACAGUCAGCAGAUUACUACAAAGGCGAGGAGUCCAACAGCUCAGCCAACAAGUGUCUACUGAAGGUGGCAGGGUAUGCGGCCCAGCUGGAGCAGUACCAGAAGGCCAUCGACAUCUACGAGCAGGUGGGGACCAACGCCAUGGAUAGCCCCCUGCUCAAGUAUAGCGCCAAGGACUACUUCUUCAAGGCUGCCCUCUGCCACUUCUGCAUUGACAUGCUCAACGCCAAGCUGGCAGUGCAGAAGUAUGAGGAGCUGUUCCCUGCCUUCUCCGACUCCCGGGAGUGCAAGCUGACCAAGAAACUGUUGGAAGCCCACGAGGAGCAAAAUGUGGAUAGCUACACCGAGGCAGUGAAGGAGUAUGAUUCCAUCUCACGACUGGACCAGUGGCUUACCACCAUGCUGCUGCGCAUCAAGAAGACCAUCCAGGGUGACGAUGAGGACCUGCGCUAGCCGCCUCUGCCUACGGGCCGGACAUGCGCCUCCCUUCCUGCUGUGCCCUCUGCCCCACCGACUUAUUUAAGCCCCCAGAGGUGCCCUUGUCCACCGGAAAGCCAGAAUCCAUGGCACAGACCUGUUUGCUGGGGGCACUGCCAGGUGCUGGAGUCCGCAGCUGGCCCCACGCCUGGACCGCUGAGGCACUGCUUGACCUUCCCUGGCCCCAGCUCAGCCUAGCACAUGUAGCUGAGACCUGCCCUCACAGCAGGGGGUGGACUCCUGCUCCCUGAGGCCGCACCUUUUCCAGGAAACCUCAGGCCGCAAGGCCCAGGCUUGCCCCUACCCCUGCCCCUCCAUCUGCUUUCCCUGUGCUUCAGGGUUUGAGGUGGGAGCUGCAGCUGGCCCAGGAAAGGAAAUAAACAUCACCACUUCA